CAAGCUGUUGAGCCAAACGUACCAGGUAGUGAGUCACUGUAGUGUAUCUGAUCCUCAGCUCAAUUGGCCACUGGGCAUUUGUCAGAUCACUCCCAGUGAGUUUGGUAUUGCUGUUAGUCCAAUGGGCGCACACGGUGAUGGUUUUCCUCCUUCAAAGAUCCUUUUUAUCAAAGUCAACAAUAGCCAGCUGGUGAAAGACAGAAUACUUAAAUUUCAACAUUACUGUAAUAGUAUUGUCUACCAAAAGGGAGACCUGUUUGUAACCUCUGGCACUGCUCUGUUCAAGUACAAACUGAGUGAUACAUGUACACUUGUCAGCAAACUGCACGAAGAUAAAUCAGAUAAAUACACAGUAUCACGUUGUGCAGUGAGCCCUACAGGUGACAAGUUGUAUAUCACUAGCCCCUACGAGCACAAGCUGCUCACUCUGGCCAAGGAUGGUUCAAUCCUUGCCACCUUCAUGGACCCUGCAGUAAAAUUUCUGACUGGUUUACACGUGACAUCUGCAGGCCAGGUGAUAGUGUGUGGAUGGGAUUCAAAAAAUAUCAUACAGGUGGAUAGUAAGGGUAGUAUGAAGCUGGCCACUCUUGCUACUCAGAGGGAUGGACUUAAGGGUCCAUAUUCAGUCUGCUACAACAGAAUUACUGACUCCAUUAUUGUGGGACAGUUUAGGCACAAAAAGAUCCUGGUGUACAAAGUGAAAUAGCUUAUUAUACCUGUAUCUUAUUUGUACUAUAAUAAGUGAUAUAAAUUACAAUAGCUGUAAAUAAUUGUUUUAUUACAAUGCAACAAU